AUGUCAACUACUAUGGUCGGCCAUGCGCAGCGAGCUCUCCUGUAUUCUCCUUUUCGACGUUGUCUGCACACCAGAGUACGAAGUCGACCGUCACUACUUUCACCAUCGCGCGGGAAUCCGUUCAACUCACAACUACUAACACACACACGUCUUUCUCGUGCACUUUCAUCAGCGCAAGCCCAACAGGAAGCGUCAUAUCCUCCGCGAUCCAUCCUAAUUGUGAACAAACUCCGGACAGAGCCUGUGGUUGGGGCAAUUGAUGAACUACUAGACCACGUACAAAAGACAUAUCCAGGUGUGAAGGUGUUCUCUGAAGACCGCCCGGACAUUCCUUCCGGUGCAGAAGUGUGGCGUCCCGGGCCUAAUGCCGAAAAAAUCGAUCUUGUUGUGACGCUUGGAGGUGACGGUACCAUUCUGCAUGCUGCUUCGCUUUUUAGCCUAGGAGCGGUCCCUCCCGUGCUAAGUUUCUCAAUGGGAACCCUUGGAUUUCUGCUUCCGUUCCAUAUCGACGACUUUGUGAAAGGGCUUGAGGCAGUGUUUCAGGGCAAGGCAACCAUCCUCAACCGCAUGCGCUUGUCGUGCACUUUCUAUGACAAAGAUCGCAAAAAAAUAGGGUCCUCUGGUGAUGAAUGGCAGGUCAUGAAUGAAAUUGCACUGCACCGUGGGUCAAGUCCACACCUUAAUACCAUCGAUAUUUAUGUAGACGGGCAACAUCUCACGGAGGCUGUCUCCGACGGCGUGAUUGUGUCCACACCUACAGGAUCAACGGCAUACUCCCUCUCGGCUGGAGGGCCUAUCGUACAUCCCUCCUUGAGUGCUGUGGUGCUCGUGCCAAUAUGUCCACGAAGUUUAUCGUUCCGGCCACUGGUGUUCCCUUCGUCUUCAUCUGUGACUCUGCGUAUUGGCGAUCGUUCCCGUGCUGCAGCAGGUGUCUCGAUGGACGGGCGGGUAUCGCAUGUUCUUAAUCCAGGGGAGUCCGUUACGGUACAAGCUUCGCCAUACCCAGUUCCUUGCAUUAACCGCUCGUCCAUAUCCGAUUAUGGAGACGAACAGCCAGGCGAGGAAGGCGUUGGGCCAGGGAAAGAGGAUGAUUGGGUUCGAGAUAUCAAUAAUUUGUUGCAGUACAACGCAACAUUUAGGAGCAAGGCACUUCUUCGUUACAGCCCUAAAACUUGA